UCUCCUUACCCUCCCCUUUUGCUCAAAGAGAUCAUGAAGAGGAACAUCAGCGACUUGGAUUCUGAUUGUGACGACGUCUUUGGCGACGAUUCUAAAGGAACUCCAACUCAGAGUAACGAUAGUUGCCAGAUGUUAAAUCGAAAAAGAAGACGAGGAAUUAUUGAAAAACGUAGAAGGGAUCGAAUAAAUAGUUCUCUAUCGGAACUGCGCAGAUUAGUUCCAGCUGCCUUUGAAAAGCAGGGCUCUGCAAAACUAGAAAAGGCCGAAAUACUGCAGCUGACAGUUGAUCACUUAAAAAUGCUACAUGCUAAGGGAUUUGACGCCCUGUCUUUCGAUCCACACAAGUUUGCCAUGGAUUACCAUAACAUUGGUUUUCGAGAGUGCGCAUCGGAAGUGGCGAGGUACUUGGUGGCAAUAGAAGGCAUGGACUUGCAGGACCCUCUCAGAGUGAGACUGAUGAGCCAUCUUCAAUGCUAUUCCGCCCAGCGAGAGCUGUCCUUGAAAUCAACCGUCCAGCACCCCUGGAAUCCAUCCACUUUCACUUCCACUCUUCCACCAGCACCAGCACCCCAAUAUCCAGGACCAUCAGCCCCCGCUAUGCCUCAAGUUACCGAAGCUCCUUUGCAAAGUAGCUACAAUUGUGCAGAACCUCCAAGAUUGGGACAAUCCAUGGACAAUGCUUUCGGAUCCAGCAGUCAUUAUUCUCGAAUUCCAACAAACCCAUCCAUCGUUAAUGCACCAGCAAUGCCUUCAACAAGUAUGGCAUUAGUUCAGCACCCAACAUCAGCACCACCUAUGGUCCCUUCGCUGCCACAAAUGUCGUCUUCUAAUCAAUAUCUUGGUGGACACGGCUUUUCUGGGAGUGGAUAUGCAAGUUCGGGACAUUUCAAUCAACAUGCUAGUUCUACAGGAAGACCAUAUAGGCCUUGGGGAGCCGAACUAGCUUACUGA